ACCUAACCAAAAUAAACUAUCCCCCAAACAAAACCUUUACCAAAACAAAACUUUCCUCUUAAUGAAACUUUCUUCCCCUUACCCUAACGCCUCCCAAUCUUGAUUAUUUUCCAUGCUAGUUACAAGAUUCUUCACCUAUCCCAUGAUCCAGUGACCGGCAGUCUUAACGAGACGACAAUGACGGCUAAGCGGAAGGCGGUGGCCGAUCUCUCUACCAAUGCGAAUACAGCUCGCGAGCGAAAGCGUCGGGAUGCCCGGGAUGCAAGUCGCGUCGAAUAUGAGAACCGCAAAAAGGCUGAUCAGACUGCGGUAUCGCGCGCACGGGCAGCUAUAGCGCUGUUACCAAAUUUCAGGUCGAGUGGGACCGACAAGCGACAAGAGCUACUUCGUGUAGCGGUCGAACAAGUGACCAACGAAAGGAUUAAUCGUGGAGUCCAUCACUCGCUCCAUCCCCUUGCGGCGGUCCCUGCGACGACUAGGACUGCGCAGGACCCAAAGUUAUUUCUCAAUAAGCUCUAUCCCGAUGCCGAUAACGAUAGCGAUUGGGAAGAUCUCCAUGAAGAUAUGGAAACUUCGGUCGAUCAGGAUUUCGAAAUCCUAAACAGUAUGCCCCUCCCGCCAACAUUUAAUUCGACGGAUUUCAGGUUCUGGGCGGAAUACAAGCGAACUGUUGCCAAAUAUGAUUUCUAUAAUCGGAUCGAAUUGGGAGAAUGGCGUCGCUUUACCAAACGAUGGCAACGAGCACGAAAGGCGGUUCUAUAUAAGAGCCGAGCUAUCAACCGAGCGAGAACUUUAGACGGUCGGCUUAGCCUUGGAAAGCUAUGGCUUCUGGUAGACACCGUGGAGAUUUUGCGAUCGAGUGCCGAACUGCAAAGGCUGAUCCGAGCAGAUUGGCAAUCUUUCGGCUUAAACGCCGAAGACCAAGAUUGCGCAGAACUUGAGUGGAUAGUUCGUAAUGCCCCGGCGUUGGACGACUGGCUGUCAUCUCCGGCGUUCUACUCGAAGGGUCAUUUAGAUCUUCACCUCGUAUGGCCGAAGCUCCCCUUCGCGAUUCGAUAUUUUCUCAACCAGAGCGCCACUUUCUCAACGGCGCCUUUUGCGCACCAAAUUUUCAAGGAUCGACACGAGAGAGGCAUUUUAAUUGGGUUCCUCGCUUGGGCUGGUCGAUACCAAUAUGAAUUCCCCUUCCCGGCUUGCUUGUGGGAUGCGCCUGAUAACGAUGAAAGAUGGGGACUUUCUAAGAUUAGCGACUCGAAGACGGCUGCCAUGAUGUAUGAUGGUUUUAAACUCGUCUUUAAACCGCCUGGGAACUGCGAAGCCCCCCCUGACGCCUACCGCAUCGACUGUCCAAUUGAUAGAGAUGCGAUGAUCGGAGAUGGAUACUUGCUAUCGCUCCGCCCUAACGGUGAGCGAGGGAACGCUAUUUGGAAAAGGAGGAUGUGACAAGGCAUCUAGCUAUUCGAUUGAUAGGCUGGAACAUUGACUACCACACCGACUAGUACGCCCUUCGCAGACAUAGUUCUGCAGCAUAUGAAUAACGGAUUCGGGCAGAAUAUGGGGGGCUGGUGGACCAGGAAUUAAUAUACA